CAUCGCAGUCUGCUACCAACCAGUCUAAGAAACCACCAAAGCAAUCAACAUGAAGUGCAUCGCCAUCGUUUCCACCAUCUGCCUGCUGGCUGCUUUCGUUGUCGCCGACAAGGACGAUAAGAUGCUCGGCUCCUCCUAUGGAGGUGGCUAUGGCAAGCCCGCCGCUGCACCCGCUCCAUCCUACGCCGCCCCGGCUCCCGCUGCUCCGGCCUACGCCGCCCCGGCUGCUCCAUCCUACGCCGCCGCUCCCGUCUCGAUCCCGGCUCCUCCCUGCCCCAAGAACUACCUGUUCAGCUGCCAGCCCAACCUGGCCCCAGUUCCCUGCAGCGCCCCAGCUCCCAGCUACGGAUCCGCCGGUGCCUACUCGCAGUACGCCCCCGUCUACGCUCCCCAGCCCCUCCAGUGGUAGGCUGACCAAUAGACGCCACUGACCCCAAGGAUCGACCACUCAAUGCAAAAAAAAAAAAAUCAAUAAAAAAAAUAUUUAUGUUCAAACGUAA